AUGUCUUCUCCUCUUUGGUCCUCAUUGCAACGGCUCACGUGCACCUCGUACGCUGUUGAGAAGGAGGAGCGGUGGCCCCCGCUAUUGGACGGACUAGAUGAAAACGAGCCUGCAGCAGUGGAGCAAGUUCUAUUGCCACGAGUGCUGUAUUCGACGAACCAAACCACCGAGAAGACUAAAGAAAGUGAAGCAGCAGCUACGAAUGCAGAGACCGCGGGCAUAUUGGUGCCUGCCACGUCAGACAGCUCACUAUCACUACCGUCUCCAAAGGUAGCGCUACCGAAUCCCCCGGAAUACCACCCGCUCGCUAAGGCGCGGAAUAUCGCGGCGGCUGAUGUAAUGUACGACUCCAGCAUUCGCUGGGAAGUCUUCAAACUCCCUGAUGAGCGAGCGCGGGAUGAAAUCGAGGACACCAGCAACGUGGCAGAGGCCGCCACUACCAGGAAUACUGGCUUUUUGGCGGUGUGGGGCGCGGGACUGGCCGACGGUUUGGACGGAUCGUGUACGACAAACGAACAAAGCAGACAUAAUCAAGAAGUUUAUCAAGCCACGUGUAGGUCGAUGGAGGGCCUCAGGAGCUAUCCGCUUCAACCUGGUGUUUACGUGGUCGGGGUGACCGAUGAUCGAAGACUCGAGCACUGUUUCGUACUGCGAGUGUACGAAACCAUUCGGGAGCGCCAGAUCUUCGACCAGUGUAUGUACCGUGACUUUAUGAUAGUACCGAAGAAGAAGAUGAACCUCGCGACGAGGUCGGGCUACUUGGGAUGUGCGUUCACGCUACCGAAGAUGAGAUAUAUGCGGCACCAGAUUCGGUGCUACUGA